AUGAAUCCCCACAAUGUCCAUACAAACCAGACAACCGACCCAAUUCCCUGGUCCGAGAUCUUCGCCCGCCAUGAAGCCGUCCUUCACUCUCACAUGGAAAUGCUCAGCAUGGUCAAAGGACAGAUCGCGCCUGGGCUAGAUGCGUUCCAGACUGUGUCGUCCAUGGUGAACAAGACCGUGCAGGCGAUGAACCAAUUGAAAGUCGCCAGGAAGCAGAUGAUGAACAAAUCAACCAGCACAUCAUCAGCCUCGAGCUCCUCCAACCCUUCACAUACCGACGCCGAGGCGAAUACGCGGAAAAAGCGGCGCCGUGUCUCGCGAGAGAAAGAGCCCUCCCGCCCUGAGGUUGAUGCAGGUGGUGAAGUUCAAUACCCAAGUCGGUUUCGGGACCCUUCCGCUCAGCCGCCGCUCGAACAGGACGAAUACAUGACGUCGACGUCAUUGGGUACAGAGGACAUAUCUGCAGAAGUCCAGCGACGGCUGAAGAUCAGGGAGGAGCAGAGGCGGAAACGAGAUACCCCUAAGCAGGACAAGCGCAAGAGGGAGAGCUUAGUGUCGAAUGAGAGUGCAUCGCCUGGUCCAGCCGCGAGGCCGCGAAAAAAGCGAGCCAGAGUGGACAGCGAGAGCAAGAGAAGUGGAGAGGUCGGGGAUGGGGAUACGUCAAGGAAGAGGGUACGCAGGGCACCUUGA